AUGCAGCGACUCUGUGCUCUGUUAAAUAGGGCGACGUUAAAGAACAGAUGGCGGUACGCUAUGUGAACUAAAUGUGUAUUAAUAUGAGUAUUUCUAAAGGAUAGUUUAUGAUGUAUCUUAUUAGCAUACUUUGUUUACGUGGAUACGUAGACGUUUAUGGCUCCCAGUGGUCUUUUAUGUUAAUUUCUCAGUUUUAGCCAAAUCCAACUGACUUCAGUUAAGAGAGAGAUCCUGAGUCCUCUUGUCAUUGUGGUCAUUUGGGGAGGUGCUGGAGGAAAGGGACAGGACAGAAUGCAUUUUGUGAUUCUGGGCUAAAUUAAUGUCUCAUUCUUGUAUCUGUCUUUUUCUUGGUCACUUAUAGCAAAUGGUCACUGAGCAGAGGAUCAUAACCAACAGCUCAAAUUUGCCAAGAAAGUUACCAUUCCUAAAUUCACCAUCACCUGAAUUGCCUCUGUAUGCUUUUUGCUGCCAGAAAAUUGUAAAAUUCUUUCAGGAAUUGCUUUUUUUCAUCUUUCAGCUGUGUUUUUUGCAAGCUGCUAUCUAUUCCUUUUUAUUCUAUCAAAGAAUAUCUCAGAUUUUUCUACUUCAGGUAUCUGUGUGCGCCUUACUUGCUUCAUGCUCAGGGAGUUUGUUGUAAUUUGCUGCCUUUUUAUAUUUGCUGUUUUGUUCCCUUCUUUAGUGUUUAAUGCACUAGUUGAUGUUUUUGUGAGGUCAUCAUCUGAAAAGAGCAUGUCAGCUGGUCACUCUUCUGUUUUUCUCGCCCAUUUGCUGACUUAUUAAACUGAAGAUUCAGAUUAAACCGAAGAUCAUUUCUUUCCUUCUGAAUCCUUGUGUAUAAUAGGUCUCUAUCACCUCAUAUUCAUGAUCUGGGAAGCUCUCUGGCCAAAAUCCUCGACCAGUUGUCAAACAACCUCCUUCACCCUCACCUUCAUUUCUCCCUGAGCACAGUGAGCUUGGGCUGCCUGUCAGUGUAUCUGGACUGGUGGUACUCUCAGCGUCUUCACUUUGACCUUCACUAACUGAUGUUGGCUUCUUCUCUGCAUUUGGGUUAUAGGACCUGGCUCAGUACACAACAAGUACCAUGACUCGAAUGGUUUUUCAAAAAUAAGCCAGCAUUACCCAACAUAUCUUCUGUACUGACCCUCUGAGCCAUCUUUGCAAUGGGGUCAUGAGUCAGAUGAUGCCACAUCUCUGCUGCAGGACAUGUUAUAUUAAGUUUAAUCUUGUAUCCAUUUGACACAGUCUAUUUCCAGUAACAGAAGAUGGUAAUAUUGAUAUAAGUCCUUUAUUACAAAGUUAAAUGUAAAAAUAAAUAUUAUGUCAAAACAAUGCCAUAACAUUCAUGAAGCAAUGUUUAAAGUUCUCAUGCAAUUAUUCAAUACAAACUGAUAAAAUAUUAACAAAAGCCAAGAGGUUAAUAAAUAAUAUUAAAAUAACGCUGGUACAGUGGUGGUACACGCCGGUACAGAGUCAGCCGGUACAGAGUCAGCCGGUACAGAGUCAGCCGGUACAGAGUCAGCCGGUACAGAGUCAGCCGGUACAGUGUCAGCCGGUACAGAGUCAGCCGGUAGUGGUCCUACUCCUGUGUUUGUAAAUCAUGCAGUGAAACGGCAACACACUAACCUGUAUUGUUGAAGAAUGUUUUGAUAGAUUGGGAUAAAGCAAUUGUCCUGGCCUUCCUCUCCUUCUUUCAUGAUGUUUUCGGAACCCAGAAUUCUGUUUUCCUUUCCCCGACAUUAUUUACUCAGUCCAAUUUCAGCUCCCUCAUCGAUUCUGUUGAACUGGGUGCGACUUUGAUUAGGUCCCUCUGAUGUUUGAGGUGAACAGUUAAUAUAUCCAAUCACACUAAAACGUUUUUAAGGAGGGGAGAAGAGCAGAUAUUUAGAAAACUUUCAAUUUUCUAAAUAAGUUUCAAGUUUCAUUCAAAUUUCAGGCAAACAUCUUAGGUAAAUGCAUCUAUUUAUUAAUCAUAAUUAUUUACUGAACAAGAACCUAUUUAGUAUAACUACUGCAUAUCAGCAAAUCAGUUCUGACUGAUGCAAACACCAGGAUUAUUGUUCAUCCAGCCACGCAAAAAACACAGAGUCUACCUGAGGGAGUAAAUGCAUCAUCAAUAAGGGACGUCAUCACUAUUGUAAGUUAAACAACAUUAUUCUAAUAUCCUCCUAUUUAAUAUUUGUUUGUUAUGUUGUGUUUUAAACAUGUCAGUUUAGUUGAAAUGUAACGUCCCACACACUGUUUUUCUUUUCAGAGGUUUGGAAUGCAGUGUUAGCUUUGCAUAUUUGCAUAUAGCAGUCAAGAGGUUCUCUUGAAACACUACAGGUUUUGGAACACUAAAGACUGUUUUGAGAUUUAAUGUAAGGUUUUAUGAUUUUUAAGUAUUGUUUUAACAGCUGUGAUACUUGAUAGCUCUAGCACAUAUUUGUUUGAAACUCUGAAGUCUUGUUUAUUGCUGCAGUGUUUUAAGAUACUCUGCCACUUUGUUACUCCAGCUAUUUAAUGGCAUUUGUGUUGUAUUACUCCAGCUAUUUAAAGGCAUUACAGUAAAGAUUAUUUUUGCCUCUUUUUUUACCUUUUGCCUCUAUUUUCUUUUCUUUUAUUUAUUUAAAAAAUUUGAUAACUGGAGUAGAACUUCAUUUUCUUCCAAUUUUUGCAUUUCAUGCUGACAGAAAAUGUGUUGCGUGGCAGAAUUGUGAUUGAUUUUUGAAGUGAGAGACAUACAGGAAUCUGUGUGAGAUGUUUGAAGGCAAGGUUUAAAGUUUUAAAUUAAAAGGUGAAAAUUAAGUUGAAAAACUGAACAUUUUAAGGCAACCAGCUUUAAAGCAGCUUUUUUGAGUUUAGUUCAGUUUUGAGCUAAACUUCAGGUCUGUGUAGUUGUGCCCACUCUUAUUUUUUUUUAACGUUCACUUAAGCCCCUAUUUAACUUUAAACAAACUCAUAAUGACUUACUGAGACCUACUUUCUGAGGAAGGUAGACCUAAUUAAAUCAGCAGUUUCAGUCAAUUUACUAAAAUGAUAUAAAGCAUCUUCAACCACAGAAGUCUUGAGUAAACUCAAAAUUGCUUUGUAGCCGGUUGUCUUAACUUUUUAAGUUAACUUUUUUAUUUUUUACAGUGUGUGUAGGUCUGAGCAUAAUUCUAGGAUCUUUGUGAUGAGGGGGAGGUUUGGUUUAUUUAUCAAUUAAGUUAAGAAUAUUAAAUAAUCUUUUAUGAAUUUUAGGACACAUCAGGAGUGUACCUCAGAUUCAUUUUAGCCUUUAUGUCAAGAGUUAAUGUUAUUGUCUAUGUUUAAUAGUUUAUUUGAGGUCAGGAUUAAGUGUUAUUGGUUCAGAUUAGGUACUGUAGUGGAAAAUUUUAAAUAUAACCUCACGAGUGUUAUUUUAGAGAAAAAGAACUGUGUGCAUGACCAAAGCAAGAGAGCAGAUAAUUGUGAUUGCAGAAGGAAAGAAACGAUUGAUAAGGCGAAAGACUGUUGGCAGUUGUGUUCGAGCAAGAAGACUUUUGUGAGCUAAUUAGGAGAGAUGGUUAUUUUCAUGCAUGGGACUGCUGUUUUGGCAGUAUUAUAAAAUAUUGUGUGUCUUUUCACCAGUGCUGCUUGAACUUUAGAGCUCAUGGAGACCUGCUACAGCAGAAAUCACUAUUAAAAAGCUGGGGGUUUUUUUGGUCUUACUCCGGUAGUCACUCAUGUUCAUUUGGCUUAUAUCUGGAAUUUCACUACAAUUAUCUGGCAUUGUUGACAGGAUUCUGCAUCUGGGUGGAAUUAAGUGGACGCAACCCAAAGCUUUUGACUUUGUCUCAUCCACUGUGAUUAGUCAUCUAGUGGAAGAGAACCCAGGGAGAUCACGGAGUCGAAUCAUAAACUUUGAAGAAGGUUGGUCAUUUUUUUGAUAAUAUCUGAUUCAUAUCUAAAUGCUCCUAAAGAGACAAAUGUAGACUUGGGUUUGUCAAUGGUCUGGACUAUGGUAACAUUCAGAUUAACUAAAUAUAAUAUAGGAACCCUAGUGAGGGUUUAGAACCUGACAUUUUAGCUGAUGAGCGGAAUGUAAAGAGUACCUUCAGAUGUGAAAGUGGUUUUGGUACAGAAUAUCAGAUAUUAAAGCCUAUUAGAGUAACAACAAAAGUAAACAGGGCCUGAGUGUAAUCUUAGAGCAGGAUAUUUUGGGUAGCCCUAAUGCUAAUUAUGGAUCUGAGAACAAAUUAUGGACCUGAAUCUGUUUUACAGUUAAUCUGGUGGGUGACUGAGUGUGGUUUUCCCUAGAAUGAGAGUUUUAGUGGUAGACAAAUAGAGCAAUUAGAAUGUAGAUUAAACAGAAAGAGACAGAAGGUAAGUGAGCUAAACAGAAGCCAAAUUGGUUGGCAUUUAAUCUGAGGAAAGCAGAAACAGGAAAGCAUGCCAGUAAGUCACAGAGAGGUCAAGAAAAGCAGGUAAUUACUUUCACUCUCUUCAGUGUUCUAAGUCUGUUUCAGACAAUCCUGAUCAAUACUGAUCUAAAGGGGCGGCUCAGGAGGAGAAGGACCGACCUGGGUUGGGUGAGUCUCAUUUUCCUAUGCUUUGCAAAGAAGAAAUGCUUAAGCUAACCCAAGACUUAUCCCAAGAAAAGGUUGAUAAUGUUAUUCAGUUUUUAGAAGAUACAUUUUUUCCAGAAGGUACAUAUGCUAAAUGCGACCUGUCUGUGUUUGUAAAUGUUACUGUGGAAAAUACGCAUUUUAGCUUUUUGGUAGACUCGGGAGCUGGUAAUUCGGUCAUUAGGAAAAGUGAUUUUGUCACAUUGCUACAAUUGAGCAGGAGGUUUCUGCAUUCAUUUUGGCCUCAGGGGCCACGGUAAAAGAGAGGUUCUCAGUUCCGCUGAAAAGUAGGUUUGAAGCCCACAUUUUCCAACACUCAUUUUUGCUGCCAGACUGCUUCCCAAUAAAUCUGCUGAGCAGAGAUUUGAUUUGUAUGUUAGGUAUUUGUCUAAUUAGCACCGUUCAGGAAGUCUCAUGGCAUGCCAAGGGGUGAAAUAUGACCUACAACUCAUAGCUAAAGCAUGUUCUGCGAGUUUGCAAGUUAUAAUUGUUGCUUAUUGGACUUUUGUCAGACCCAGAACCCCAGAAAUGUUUAAACCAGAGUAAAACCUUAAACCCGGGAUCUCGUACACCAGAGCCCAUGGCACGAACUACUACCCCACAAGCAUGACAGUUGCAUAUUGGACUUUUGAGAGAAAGAUUCAUAAUAAUUGUUGAUACAUUUUUAUAUACUGGUGCCAAGCACUGUAGCAAAUUUAUAUUUAAAUUAAAAACUGAUCCAACCAGUGUGUAAGAAUGGACCGGCGCUCUACAGGUCUAAUGAAAGGUGUUCAAACUUUGGAGAUUUUUCUGCUGUUGAUCUGGCAAAAGAUCAGAAAAGUUAAUUAAUAACAUCUUUCACAAAUGCUGAAGCUAUUUUCUCACUGUUUCAAUAUGUUUCAUUCCCAAUGAUGAUGCCACUUGUUGAACACUAGGAUUAAUAGUCAGUUUCUGCAAAACAUUAUACACAUGUGUGUACGAGUGUGUGUGAGGGGUGUGUGGGGUGUGUAAGAGUGUGUGUGUGAGGGUUAUGGGAUGUGUAGGAGUGUGUGAGGGGUGUGUGGGGUGUGUAAGAGUGUGUGUGAGGGGUGUGUGUCUGUCCUCACUAUCCCCUGAAGGGUCUUGUGAUCUGAGACGGUGCAGUUCCCAAACCAGGCAGUGAUGCAGCUGCUCAGGACGCUCUCCAUGGUCCCUCUGUAGAACACAGUCAGGAUGGGGGAGGGAGAUGGGCUUUCCUCAGCCUCCUCAGGAAGUAGAGGUGCUGCUGGGCUUUCUUGGUGAUGGAGCUGGUGUUGAGUGACCAGGUGAAGUUCUCUGCCAGAUGAACACCAAGGAAUUUGGUGCUCUUGACGAUCUCCACCGAGGAUCUGUCGAUGAACAGCGGAGAAUGGUCACACUGUGCUCUCCUGAAGUCAACAACCAUCUCUUUAGUCUUGUCGAAGUUCAGGGAGAGGUUGUUGGCUCUGCACCAGGCUCAUUACACCUGUUCAUCACUUCUGUUCAUUAUUCCUGUUCAUUAUACCUGUUCAUUACACCUGUUCAUUAUACCUGUUCAUUAUUCCUGUUCAUUACACCUGUUCAUUAUACCUUUCAGUCAGAUAGUGUUAGAGUGUGGACGCGGCGUUCCUGGACACGGACAUAUCGACAUAGGCACACACUCUGUGUCCUGCUGGGUCCUGCUUCUCCGUGGUGAUGACGGCAUGCGGUUAAAAAUUUAUAACAAACAAAUUAAAAAGUGGGGGGGACAAAAACGGGAUUUUGAAAGGGGGGGGGCAUGUCCCCCUGUCCCCAGUGUUGUGUGUGUGUGUGUGUGUGUGUACUUUACCUAGCUUCACCACAUAGGUUGAAUUUAAACGCUGUGAAAUAGCAGAAGGGAGUUGACCGUAGCAUGGGUAAAGCACAGGUCAUUAGUUGUAAUAUUUUUAAUGACUCCUGGUGUGAUGCCCCUCAGUGCUGUAAGUAUAGCACACCCCUUUAACCUGCUCUGAGCUUCAGCUGAGUUCUGAUCUGUCUCUACAACCGGGUUCAUUCCACAGAGAUAUUUUCUUGUUCCUGGGAAAUAAGUGUUAUUUCCACAUUCUUUAUAACCCAAAUAAAGAGAAAAAACCCAUCUUAGCCAUGAAAGUUUGGGUUAGUUUUGGGCAGUUUUUUUUGUAGUAAAAUGGGCUAACUUUGAGGUUUUUGUUUUUUAAAAGCCCAAACCCAAAGUUCAAGGGGCUUAAUGGCUUUUUUUUUUUUCCAUCAAGAGUAAUUGGAAAAUGUCAUUCACUACCCAGAAACAAAAAUCGUGUUACAUAGCGUAAUUAACAACACUGGGCAUGAAAAAUCUUAUAAAACUCGUAUAUAUAUGACGUGCAAGAGACCAAGAUGGCGGCUGCGGUGUGGUGUUGUAGCCUGGCAGUUGCUGUGACUCCACUUUUAUAUCUAGCUUGCCGUUUUCUUUGUCUCUAUACACAUUUGUCAGAGGACAUUUUAAACUUUACUCAUAGACUUAAACGUUGCAAUCACAAAAAAUUUGAAUCAACGUUACUUUUUUCUACGGCUGCACUACCGGUACGUCUUGUGUUCAGAUUCCUCCAUGUGGAUCAGCUGUGCUCUAAAAACUCGAGUAGUCAUGCUGAUCAGGGGAGAAACUGUUUAUAUUCUGGUCUUCUCCAGUCAUCUACUCAUGCGGGAAGUUUUCAUCAUAAUCUCUUCGGAUUCUACAUAAUUUACUCCUCUGUCUUGGACUAUGGACAGGCAGUGAUACGGAAACACACCACUAGACAGCGGGGUUUCUCUGUGCCUUCACGAAAAACUCAUGAGUUCUUGCUUAUUUUACUGCUGCUCUCUGGGGACGUUCAACUAAAUCCAGGACCGGUUAGUCCGAGAAUACAGCUGGAAUCUGGAAUCUGGAGUUGAGCCUCGUUUGGGAAAAAUGUCGGUGGCGUCUCACGAUGAGGCGAGUACCUGGUGUUUUCCUGUAGAUUCACCCGGCCCAUCAAACAGCGAAGUGUGUUUAAUUAACAACGUACAUAAUGCUCUAGUGCACACUAUUUCUACACUGAUCGGUGGGGAUUUUAAAACUACCGAUGCUCCAGCGACUCAGUUUAACAUCUCCUUGUGUCGAAAUCCUGCGGUAAGAAAGCAGACUGUGUCUAGAAUCUUUCAGACUGUUAAUCACCCUGUAAUUAAUAAAAAAAAAAAGUGAAACUGAGAGGACUUUUUGGUGGACACUUGAACAUUAGGAGUAUUGUUUCAAAGAAUGAAUUUUAUUAUCUAAUUCAAAUUUGGACUUCCUUUGCAUAUCUAAAACGUGGUUGCAUCAAUUAUCUCCUCCAAGUGUAUUCAUGAUGCCUGGCUAUCAAUGUUUUAGAUGUGAUAGAUUCUCUGGAAGGGGAGGGGGAGUGUUAAACUAAAGAGGAAAAAACUGAAAACAGUUGUAGAUAAGUAUCUUUUAAAUCAGAUAAUUAAACAACCCACAAGAAUUGCUAAAACCUCUAGAUCACAGAUAGACCUAAUAUUCACAAACAAACCUGAAAGGAUAAUUAAGAGUUAUAAUUUGAUCACUGGGUUGUCUGGUCACAAUGUAACCUCAGCUGUUCGGAAACUGACAAAAUAUAGAUUUAGAAACAUUACAACACUUCCACUAAGGUUUUCUGUGGUAUACCUAAAGGACAGCUACUCGAGUUCAAUGAGGAAAUAGCCAGCUUAAAGUGGGAUGAUAUAUUAUCUUCUGAGGAUAUAGAGCAUGGUUGUAACAUUCAUCAACAAGAUUAAUUUUGUAAGGGAUAAAUUCAAUGUAAAAAUUCAGAAAAAAGUCAAAAAUAAAAAUGUUACCCUGGUUUAAUGAAAACAUACUGAAUCUGAUGAAGAACAGGGACUCUGCAUUAAAAAUGGCAAUUAAGACAGGAAAAGAUACUGAUAGGCUUUGUUAUAAAGGUCUGCGAAAUAAAGUUAUUCGAGAGUUGAGAGUAGCCAAAUCAAAUUAUUAUCUUCAGCAAUUGAGUGAAGCAAAAGGAAAUAGCUAACUGAUAAAACUGGAAAAAUGUUAAUAGUCUUUUACAGAAGGAGAUCAUUUCUUCAGAGGAUCUUAAGAUUAAAGUUCAAGGUAAUUUAAUUAUAGAUGACUAUUGUGACUACUUUUAAUGAUUACUUUAUUAAUUCUGUUAAUGUACUGGGGGAGAAAUUUGCAAAAAAGGAAAUAAAUAUUUGAUAAACUUUGAUAGUCAAAGUUUUAACUUAGCCAUGACUAAUGAAAUGCAGGUUAACAAAGUUAUUGCUUCAUUAAGAAAUACUAAAUGUAGGGAUGUUCAUCAAUUCGACACCAAGUUUCUUAAAACUCACAAAGAUAUUUUAGCUCCUGUUAUUUCUCAUUUAAUUAAUUUAUCAUUUAAAUAUAGUGUUUGUCCUAUUGCGUGGAAGCAGUCCAUUGUUUCUCCUAUCUUUAAAUCGGGGGAUCACUUUGAGGUUAGUAACUAUAGACCUAUCAGCAUACUACCACCAGUGUCUAAGGUUGCAGAGAAGAUAGUUUUGGAACAAUUGACAUCUUAUCUUAAUACAGCUAAGACUGGUUUACACUGUAUGCAAUUUGGUUUCAGAAUAAAUCAUUCUACUGAAACAGCUACUUUAUAUUUUACAGAGCAAAUUAAAUCUAGGCUUGAUAAAGGUGAAACAGUUGGUGCUAUAUUCUUAGAUUUGCGUAAAGCCUUUGACUCAGUUAAUCACAAUGUUCUUCUCUCUAAACUAUUUAAUUUCCCAUUUUCAUCUGGAGCCUUAGCAUGGAUUUCCUCAUAUUUAUCAAAUAGACAGCAAUGUGUAAAAAUUAACAGGGUUCAUUCUAGUAAUUUAAACUGUAAAAUGGGUGAUCAAUAUUCAAUAUUGAUCAAUAUUAGGCCCUUUACUAUUUAGUCUGUAUAUUGACCUUCCACAGCAGUGUGAAGGGAUACAGGUGCAAAUGUAUGCCGAUGAUGCUGUUGUUUUUACACAUGCGAGAACAGCAGUGUUGAAGAUAAAAGUCGCUAUGGAAAGGAUUAAACAGUGAUUGAAGCAAUCGUGCCUCACUUUGAACACUGGUAAAACAAAAGGGAUGUUUUUUCUAAAAUGAAUAUUUGUUGCUCCAAUGUAGAUACACUAUAUUGCCAAAAGUAUUCUCUCACCCAUCCAAAUAAUCAGAAUCAGGUGUUCCAAUCACUUCCAUGGCCACAGGUGUAUAAAAUCAAGCACCUAGGCAUGCAGACUGUUUUUACAAACAUUUGUGAAAGAAUGGGUCGCUCUCAGGAGCUCAGUGAAUUCCAGCGUGGAACUGUGAUAGGAUGCCACCUGUGCAACAAAUCCAGUCGUGAAAUUUCCUCGCUCCUAAAUAUUCCACAGUCAACUGUCAGCUGUAUUAUAAGAACGUGGAAGUGUUUGGGAACGACAGCAACUCAGCCACGAAGUGGUAGGCCACGUAAACUGACGGAGCGGGGUCAGCGGAUGCUGAGGUGCAUAGUGCGAAGAGGUCGCCAACUUUCUGCAGAGUCAAUCGCUACAGACCUCCAAACUUCAUGUGGCCUUCAGAUGAGCUCAAGAACAGUGUGCAGAGAGCUUCAUGGAAUGGGUUUCCAUGGCCGAGCAGCUGCAUCCAAGCCAUACAUCACCAAGUGCAAUGCAAAGCGUCGGAUGCAGUGGUGUAAAGCACGCCGCCACUGGACUCUAGAGCAGUGGAGACGCGUUCUCUGGAGUGACGAAUCGCGCUUCUCCAUCUGGCAAUCUGAUGGACGAGUCUGGGUUUGGCGGUUGCCAGGAGAACGGUACUUGUCUGACUGCAUUGUGCCAAGUGUAAAGUUUGGUGGAGGGGGGAUUAUGGUGUGGGGUUGUUUUUCAGGAGCUGGGCUUGGCCCCUUAGUUCCAGUGAAAGGAACUCUGAAUGCUUCAGCAUACCAAGACAUUUUGGACAAUUCCAUGCUCCCAACUUUGUGGGAACAGUUUGGAGCUGGCCCCUUCCUCUUCCAACAUGACUGUGCACCAGUGACCAAAGCAAGGGCCAUAAAGACAUGGAUGACAGAGUCUGGUGUGGAUGAACUUGACUGGCCUGCACAGAGUCCUGACCUCAACCCGAUAGAACACCUUUGGGAUGAAUUAGAGCGGAGACUGAGAGCCAGACCUUCUCGUCCAACAUCAGUGUGUGAUCUCACAAAUGCGCUUCUGGAAGAAUGGUCAAAAAUUCCCAUAAACACACUCCUAAACCUUGUGGACAGCCUUCCCAGAAGAGUUGAAGCUGUUAUAGCUGCAAAGGGUGGACCGACGUCAUAUUGAACCCUAUGGAUUAGGAAUGGGAUGUCACUUAAGUUCAUAUACGAGUCAAGGCAGGUGAGAGAAUACUUUUGGCAAUAUAGUGUAUAUCUAUAAAUGGUGAAAAGAUAGAAAUUGUCACAGAGUUUAAUUAUCUUGGUUAACGUUGGAUUCAAAGCUUAGCUUCAAAAAGCAUGUAAAGAAAAUGGUGAGGACUAUAAAAUAUAACUUGAUAAAUUUCAGACAAAUUAGACAAUGUCUUCCCACUGACAUAGCUACGUCUCUCAUGCAUGCUACAAUUUUUUCUCAUUUGUCAUAUUGGGUGACAUGUUGGGGUCAAGCAGGAGAAACAGUUACUAAACCUUUAAGAUCUCUUUAUAAACAGACUUUAAAAACUUUGGACAAAAAGCCCAACCAGUAUCACCAUUGUAGGGUUUUGCAGAAAUAUUAUAAUAAUUAUAAUAAAUAAUUAUAAUAAAAUUAUAAUGUAAAAUAAGACAAAAAUAAAAUACAAUAAUUACCAAUAUCGUUUGAUUUCUUUAUGUACUGCCUAUAUUCCCAUUUUCCACAAUGUCUAUGUAUGGUUUCUAUAGCUGAAAUGGGAGCACUUGAAAAUAAAAAAUUUAAUAGAAUAGUUAUUUUUAUCAUAUUUAUCAGUCUGAUCAUGGAUAUAGGCAAACUGGACCAGUUUUUCAAUGCUUCAGUUAUUCUGUCUAACAAGUGGUCAUAAUUUGUGGGGAUUAUUUCUAAAUAUUUAUAAAUUAUUUCUGAAUACCUAACAUUUUCCGUAGUUGUCAAAAAAUGGAGUAUUUGUUAUUGGACUCAACAUCAAUAAUGAUUUGGAAUUACUAAUUUUAUAUUCAGAAAACGUCCCAAAUUUUCUUUUAAUUUUAUUGUAUUUUAUUUAUUGUACUUUUAUUUUUUUGGUUUUAAUAUUAACCUUAUUAAGCUAAUCAUAAUGAAUCUGGGAACGUUCCUAUAGUAAAUAUCCCACAUACAUGCCAAGAAGUUGUUGCUGAAAUGUUUUACAGAACUCUACUGGCAGCCCAUCUGCUCCAGGUGCUUUACCGCUACUAAGAUCACCUAUAGCUUCAUAAUGUCUGUUGUUAAUGGGCUGUCUAGUGCUAUUUACUCACCUUCUGAUAUCUUCUGGAAUUGCAGCUGGUCAAGAUGCAUUUUAAUGCACUGUUCUGUUAUCUACAUACUUUGAUUUGUGUAGCAAUUCAUAAAAGUCUUUAUAAUGACUGUAACUCUGCUGGGUCCAUGGUUAUAUUGCCAAAUUUAAUCUUUAUAAUAUUAAUUGUUCUUUCAGCUUACAUUUUUGUAGGCCAAUAAUUUACCUGCGUUCCUCACCUGGUCAUAAUGUUUCUUUCAUUCUUGUGUGUCCUCACAUUAGACUUUUUGCUACUUUAUCAGCUGUUAAUUUAUCAUAGUUAACAGAUUAUACAAUUUUUCAGGGUUGUUCAUCAAUAUCAAUCUCUUGAACUUUUUAAUUGGGUUUUCUAAUGUUAAUAAGUCCUAGUUGUGUGGUCUGGUUCUAAACUUGUAUAACUAAUCAUUUCUCCUCUUAUAUAAGCUUUCAAUGCUUCCCAUCUAACCCUAGCUGUAGUUUCACCCUUAUUCAGAUCAAAAUAGUUAUUAAAACAAUUCUUCACAAAUUUGACAUGCAGUAUUGAGUAACAGGUAGACUUGUAACCUCCAUCUUAAUCCUUUAAUCUACCUAAAUGAAUUUCCAUAGAUAUUACUGCAUGAUCGUUAAUGACUACUAUCGUACCAGCAUUCUAACCCUAACUCUAGGCAAUAAUUCAAUAGAGAUUAGAAUGUAUUAUGAGUAUGACUUUUAUAUGAGCUUGAGUAUCAAGAAUAUUGUCUUUUGUCUCCAAACCCCAAUUAGUCUUAGAUCCUGAAUAUAGUUAAUGGAUAUUUUUCUACACUGUAUUCCCUAACAGUAUAACAAAUUCAUUAAAAAAUAAGUUAAUUGUACUUAAAAUUGUUUAACAGUUCAUUUUUAAGUAUUAUUAUUAUUAUUAUUAUUAUUAUUAUUAUUAUUAAAAACAGCGAAUAAUUGUCUUUAAUCCGUGGGUUGCAUCAUGGCAUUCUAUUUUAAAAAUGAUAUGAAGAAGAAGAGUCUUGAAUUGCGGUAGUUGGUACGAAGUUCUUACUUUCUUUACAUUUGACGUAAAAAUUACUUCCAAGAAGCCACCGAAGGCCACGCAGCAGAGUAAAGAUGGCGACGCUAAGAGUGAUUCCCUCCCCAUCUACUGCCAGUACUAUACUUAAUGCUAGUGCUGUAACGAUUCAUUCAUUUUCUCGAUGCAUCGAUUAAUAAUCCUGGCGAUGCAUAUGCAUCGAUUUUGAAACAUGGAGUUUUGAAUCGUGAAUCGUAUAAACAUACGAUUCAUGAUUCAAAACUCCAUGUUAAUUAUUAAUUAAUUAACUCAAUUAUUAAGAUCUGUUAAUAAUUGAGUAAAAUAAUAAAAAUCGAAUGAAUCGCGAUUAUAUGAUGAUGCAUAAUUAUAAAAAUAAAUUAUAACUUUAAAUGAGUUGAAUCUGCGUAGUCAUGUGCACCCUCACUACACUGGCGAGGUGGAUUACGUCAAUACUCUUCAAUUUGCGCCGUUUGCUGUCAUUCACAUAUGCUCACUGCACUAUGGAGGGCAACGAGGGAGAGAUUUGCAAGCCAAUAUGAGAUCAAAGGUUUGGGAAUACUUCAGUUUUAACACAAAAAAUGGAAAGAUUGACAAGUCCGUUGUAGUUUGUAGUCGUUGUAAAUGCAAGUUAAAGUAUUUUGGAAAUACAAUAAACCUUAGCAACCAUCUUCGCAGACGCCAUGCCAUUAAGGGAGAAAUACCUGCAGCUGCACCUACGGCAGCUAGUAUUUCAGGGUCAUAUUUGAGAAGUCCUAACCUAUUUGGUCAAACUCUUCCCGAAAACUCCAAUCGUGCUAAAUCCAUAACUGCAUCUAUUGCAAGAUUUAUUUGCAAAGAUAUGCGCCCCUAUAGUGUUGUGGAAAACACCGGUUUCCGAGAAAUGAUAAACAUUUUAGAACCACGAUACAAAAUUCCCAGCCGUCAGUUUUUCAGUGAAAAAUAUAUCCCGGAAUUGUAUCAGUCUACGAAAGAGGAGCUGCAGCUCAAGCUUUCUCAGUGUACCCGUGUUGCCUUCACCACUGAUUCUUGGACGUCCUGUUUGACAGAGUCUUAUGUGACAAUCACCGCACAUUUUAUUUCCAUGAACUGGCAAAUGCAGAGCUUCGUUCUUCAAACAAGGAUUCUAAACAAAGCCCACACAAGCAGCAACAUUGGAGAAUUGCUGCGUGAUGCCUGCUCCGAGUGGACAAUUGCAGACAAGAGUCCUGCUCUUGUUACUGAUAACGCUCGCAAUAUGAUUGGUGCAGGUAAAGUUGCUGGAUUUACCCCCCGCAUCACUUGCUUUGCACAUACUCUUAAUCUGGUGUCUCAAAAGGCCGUGAAAGUGAACAGUGUAGAGCGAUUGUUGGGCAAAGUAAGACAUAUUAUCUCUUUUUUCCACCGGAGUCCCACUGCUACAUGUACUUUAGAAGAGAAACAACAAAUUCUCGGCUUGCCAUUACACAAACUUAAGCAGGAUAUUUGUAUUAGGUGGAAUAGUUCCGUGGAAAUGCUGGAGCGUUUCUUAGAACAACACACCGCGAUCUUGGCAACACUUUUGUCAAAGAAUUUGCAGAGAGGUACAGAAGUCCGCACUCUCCCUGAAACGGACAUCAGUAAUGCUGAGGACAUUGUGAAACUGAUGACACCCAUUAAGAUAGCUUCUACUAUGAUGUGUGAAGAAGAACAGCCAACUGUGUCAGUGAGUGCGCCUCUCCAGGCUAAACUACUGAAACAUCUCAAGCCUUGCGAGGACGAUACAGACAUGACUCGAGAAAUGAAAUCCGUGAUGACGGUGGACUUUUCAUGUCGGUACACAAACUCCCGCAAAGUUCUGCUUAAAGGUAAGAGAUCUCUCUAACUGUCAAUAGCAAAAGUAUUGCAAAUGCACUGCAAUCUUUAUUAUUAAGAUAUCAUUGCUGCUUGUAUUAAAAUGUUUAAUAGCACAACAUUGUUCAUAAUUUUAAUAAUUUAUUUGCUAGCAUCCACAUUGGACCCCUGCUUCAAAGGGGUUCCCUUUCUAGAAAAUGAGGAAAGAGAAAUGAUCUUCAUUAAACUCACUGUUGAGGCCUCAGAUAGUGUAUGUUUGCAACUUCCCUUAUUUUCAUGAACUAAAUGCUAGCUAAUUAACUAUAUUCUAUUAAGGAUUCUAGGAUUGUAAUAUGAUGGUCCUAGAUUGUACUUGUUUUAUUGAAAUAAUAGUCCUGUCAUGUUUAUAAUUAUAUGACUUGACUGGAGCUAGUAUUAUUUAUUUCAUUUUGUUACAUAUUCACGUGGAACAGCAGGAAGAUGCCAUUGAAGAGAAACCACCAAACACAACUGAAGAAGAUGAGAUGCAUCAGGCAAAAAAAAAAUGAAAGCCAUGGAUUUGCUCUUUGGCAACAUCUUUCAGCAGGUGGCAGAGACCUGUCCCCUAUCAAGGUCUGCUAGUGAGAUUAGCAGAGACGAGGUACUCAAAUACAGAUCCAUGGCUCCUCUGGCACUGACUGAAAGUGCACUGGACUGGUGGAAGUCCCAUGAGACAGAACUACCAAUCCUUACAAAGCUGGCAAGAAGUUAUCUUUGCAUUCCUGCUACCAGGGUGGCUUCAGAAAGAGUUUUCAGUACUGCAGGAGACAUAGUAUCUUCUCAGAGAAGCAGUUUACGGCCAGAUUUUGUUGAUCAGUUAAUAUUUUUGAAAAAAAAUCUCAAGUAAAUAGUGUUGAAAAAGCAUGUCAUAGCCAUUUGUUUGUUCUACUCUCUUGCUGCAUUAACUACCGAGUUUUAAUUGAACUAUGUGUGAUAUUACUGCCAGUUGCACUUGCACUUUGUUGUAUUUCUGCACUUUGCAAUAUUUCCUAAAUGUUCUGGAUGUAGUGUUUACAAUAAAAAAAACUUUUGGUGCAUUGAAUAUAUUGAGUCCUAUGAAGCUAUAGUUCUGGAUCAGGUUGCUAGGGUUAGGUCAUAAAUUUCCCAAAAAUGGAAUUUAUUUGCUCAGAUGCAGAUGCCUAAAAUAUACAGAAUCGUUAAUUGAAUCGAAUUUCAUUGUGAAUCAGAUCGAAUUGAAUCGUUCUGAAUUAGCAAAAAUCGUUUUUGAUUCUAAUAGAAAAACUUUGAAUCGCAAUUAGAAUCGAGUCUACCCAAAGAUUCACAGCCCUACUUAAUGCCAUCGAAACACAAGGUAAUAAUUUGAAACGACUGAUUGAGGACAUUACGUUGUCUAUUAAUAAUCACCUCGAUGUGCUGGAUGCCUUGCUGGCAAGUGUUCAGUCCGAACAGUCAGGUGUAAAGAAAAAAUUGGAGGAUUUGGAAUUAGCCAUGACUGGUUGUGACACACGCCUAAAUGAAGUGGAGAGAGUUUGUGAGGAGCUGAGCUCUGAAAACAAAUUUCUUCGUGCUAAAGUAAAUGACCUGGAGGGCCGUUUGUGUCGGCUUAAUCAACGUUUGCUGUUUGGACUCAUACAGCAUCCAUUUGCUACGGAGGAUCAAUUUGUGAGCAAGUGAUGUAAUGCUAAAUUUCUCCAAAUCUUUUCAGAUGAAGAAACAAACUCCUGAGAGGCCUGAGAGUAAGUACAUUUUCAUUUUUGGGUGAAGUACUCCUUUAAUAUACGAAUGUGGCCAACUUUUUUGUACAAGUCUUCAAAAUAAUAAAUGCUAUUUAUACUGCAUACUAUAAAAAAAAUGUAUACAAAAUUCUUUGCAGGAAGCAUGUACAUUUACAUACAUUUAAACUCAAAUGUAUGCAUGUCAAUAUAAUUUUAGAUUAGGGUUAGUGAUUAGUUUUUUUCUUAAUAAACUUGUGCACAUUCCGAUAAACAUGCAUUGAUGAUAAACCUUUGAUUGCUGAUCAUAAUACUCUAUUUAUACCUGUUUUGUCACUAGGUGUCUGAUCAUCUUAUUCGAGGACACUGAUCUUCAGCCCCCCAACUCCUUGCAUUUGACUUCUUUGAUUGGAAUAAUUCUUGAAGGCCAAGUGGUGAUGGACAAAAUGCAGGACCUCCCACAGGCAAUGUGUCUUCUCUUUGGUCUAAUUUACACACUAGACCUAAAUUACCCAAAAUCACUUGCCAACACGUUUGAUUUCAUCCAGCGUGUACUAAUGUCAAUGGGAGAGAAUGCUCUCAAGCCUAGAGUGCAGUCUCUGGCAAACCAGCUUUUUGUUUAAGAAACGCCACUGUGAGACUUUAACACCAACCUUUGUUUUGGAUAUUUUCCCCCUGUUACACCUCUGUAGUGUGGUUGUGACUCAAUAAUAUUUCCAUUACAGUAUAGUAUAUACAGUAUGACACUAUAGUUGAGUUUGUUUUAUUAUAGUUUGCUAUGUUUGCACAAGGCAUAAAUGGUCAAAUGUUAGUGUGGCUGUGACCUAUUUCCAUUUCAGUAUAGUGUGUACUGUAUUUUUAUUAAUAUUGUGACAUUG